AUGGAGAUAUUAAAGAAGUUGAUCAUCUGUGCAUUCAUAUGUAUAGCUGCUCUCAGAGUCCUGGUUCAUGCCCAGAGUCAAUCAGGCUUUAUUAGCAUCGAUUGCGGGAUAUCAGAAAAUUCUGGCUAUACCGACAAGGUGACAGGCUUAAAUUACACUUCAGAUGCAACCUUCAUAGAGACUGGUGUUGGCAAUAAUAUCUUAUCUGAAUACAAGAGUACUACCCUUGAACAACAAUUCUUGAAUGUGAGAAGCUUCCCAGAGGGCAAAAAAAAUUGUUACACCUUGAAAACUGCUCCUGGCGAAAUUAAGUUUUUUAUUAGAGCAAGAUUCAUGUAUGGAAAUUAUGAUGGCAAAGGUAAAGUACCAAGUUUUAAUCUCAUUCUUGGAGCUGAUGUGUGGGAUUCGGUGGAAUUGGAAGAUGCAUCUCCCAUUGUUACCAAGGAGAUCAUCCAUAUUCCCAAGAGAAACUACGUAUGUAUUUGUCUUGAAAACACAGGCUCUGGAACACCUUUCAUUUCAGUGUUGGAAUUAAGGCCCCUGAGUAAUUCCACUUAUCAAACUCAAUCAGGAUCACUACUGCUCUAUAGGAGGUGGGAUGUUGGUUCAACUACCAAUCAAACUUUCAGGUAUAAAGAUGACAUUUAUGACCGCAUUUGGACGCCCUACAACAGCCAGAACUGGACACCAAUAAGUAGCCCAUUCACUGUUCACACUCGGAACAUUUUUCAACCACCGUCUGAGGUCAUGCAGACUGCAAUUAUUCCAGAAAACGGUAGCGAUUCCUUGCAGUUCAGUUGGGAGCCUAGUGAUCCAGAUUACCAAUAUUAUCUCUACUUAUAUAUAGCUGAAGUCCAAAACCUCCCGGAAAACCAGAUUAGAGAAAUGAACAUCUUUACAAAUGGAAUGAAUUUCAUUGACGCAAUCUCCUGUGAAUACUUAUACACAAACACUCUAUAUUCCGCAAUACCCUUAUUAAGUGAAGAAAAAAAUGUGAUAACUAUCAACAAAACUAUGAAUUCAACACUACUGCCCAUCCUCAACGCCCUGGAAAUAUAUCGUGCCCAAGAAUUCCCGCAAUUGCUGACUGACCAGCAAGAUGUUGAUGCAAUCAUGAAUAUCAAGUCAAAAUAUGGAGUGAAAAGAUCAAAUUGGCAAGGAGAUCCAUGCGCCCCGCAGAAGUACUUGUGGCAAGGCCUUAAUUGCAGCUACGAUGAUCGUAACCUCCCCAGGAUCAUAUCCCUGAAUUUAUCAUCGAGUGGAAUAGACGGCAAGAUAUCCCCUGACAUAUCCAAGCUCACAUCAAUACAAAUUCUGGACUUAUCAAACAACAAUUUCACUGGCCCAGUGCCUGAUUUUCUAUUACAGCUACCAUACUUGAAAGAGCUAAUCUUGACUGGAAACAAACUCGAAGGUUCAAUUCCAGCUGGACUCUGGGAAAAACAGAAGGAUAAUUUGCUAUCACUAAGUGUGCACGAAAAUCCAGAUCUUUGUCCUAAAGCUUCUUGUGCAAAAAAGAACAAGCUUAUUAUUCCGUUACUAGAAGCAGCUGUUUCGUUAUGCAUCCUCUUAACUGUAAUUGCUACUUUAUGGGGCUUCAAAAGGAGAAAACAAGGUAAAACAGAUUUGAAUAAUAACAGGUCACUGGAGCUGAAAAAUCGAAGGUUCUCUUACUCUGAUGUUGUGAAGAUUACCAACAACUUUGAGACGGUUAUCGGGAAAGGAGGAUUCGGAACAGUUUACCUUGGAUAUGUGGAUGACAAUCAAGUAGCUGUGAAGAUGCUCUCUCCAUCUUCAGCUCAAGGAUAUAAGCAGUUUCAAGCUGAGGUCGAACUUCUUAUGAGAGUACAUCACAAAAACCUGACAACACUUGUUGGUUAUUGCGAUGAGGGCAUAAACAUGGGGCUAAUCUAUGAGUUUAUGGCUAAUGGGAACUUAGAAAAACAUCUCUUAGGAGAUAAUGAGGAUAUCCUGAGUUGGGAAGGGAGACUUAAAAUAGCAGUAGAGGCAGCACAAGGAUUAGAGUAUCUCCACAAUGGCUGUAAACCACCCAUAUUCCACAGAGAUGUGAAAUCGACAAACAUCUUAUUGAAUGAAAAUUUUCAGGCCAAAUUAGCUGAUUUUGGUGUUUCCCGAGUUUUUUUAGCUGAAGGUGGAACUCAUGUGUCCACGACUAUCGUUGGCACCCCUGGAUACCUUGACCCUGAGUACUAUAUAUCAAACAGGUUGACUGAAAAAAGUGAUGUGUAUAGCUUUGGGGUGGUUCUGUUAGAGAUAAUUACAAGCAAAUCCGUGGUAGAAAACAAUAGUGACAGGACUCAUAUAAGUCAGUGGGUGAGUUUCAUGCUUGCCAAGGCAGAUAUUAAAAAUGUUAUUGAUCCAAGAUUGCAGGGAGACUUCAACUUAAACUCUGUGCAGAAAGCUGUAGAAAUAGCAAUGGCUUGUAUUUCUCCAUCUUCAGCCAACAGGCCAACCAUGAAUCAAAUUGUGAAUCAAUUGAACUACUGUUUAGCAAUUGAGAUGGCUCGUAAGAAGGUACGCAAUGAGAUUGAAUUGAAAGAGUCUAUUGAAAUGAUCAGUUCUGAUCUUCAUGAAUUAUCUUCCACAGGAAGAUAAUGUACUAUUAUUACAUGUAUGUUGGCUACUUUUAAUGUGAGAAUAAAAUGGAAUGCAGCUAUGAAUUCUCACCAAC